UUCCCUCCACUCCACUCUCCAACUUCUCCCGCAGCAUCGCCGCCGUCGUCGUCGCCGCCGCCGCCGCGAGGUGAGGGCUCGUAGCACCGUCCGGGAGGGCGGAGGAGGAGGAGAGAUGAGCUGCUGCGCCGCCUCGUCUUCCUCUCCGGUUCUCGCCAACCCCCGGGGGGGAUUCGCUGCUAGCUGCUCAACAAGAAGGAACCACAGGGUGAUCUUCCUCGGUUCAAGGCAGUUUUCUCCGAUCAUAUACAGCCCAGCACGCCGCGCGUCGUCACGGCUGUCUCGGAGAGAGGUGAUAGCUUUUGCAGGCCAGCAAUCUUGGGAUAUCGGCAGAUUUGUCAGGACGCUGUAUUUCUUCAACGGGCCACCGAAUCCUCUCAAGAUUGUAGAGUCCAUUCUUAGCAGUUUCACUGGCUCUGCUCCUGGUGAGGUGCCAAAGAAAAUGGAAUCUUCUGAUGUGGUGCUGGUCACUGGAGCUACCGGUGGCGUUGGACGAAGAGUGGUUGAUAUCCUGCGGAAUAAGGGAAUACCCGUUCGAGUAUUGGCUAGAAAUGAAGAGAAGGCGAGGAGCAUGCUGGGGCCCGAUGUAGACUUGAUCAUAGGAGAUGUCACAAAGGAAAAUUCACUUGAUCCCAAGUACUUCAAAGGGAUUAAGAAAGUGGUAAAUGCAGUGUCAGUUAUAGUUGGGCCAAAGGAAGGCGAUACACCAGACAGGCAGAAGUAUAAACAGGGCAUCAAGUUUUUUGAACCUGAGAUCAAGGGACCUUCACCUGAAAUGGUAGAAUACCUUGGAAUGCAAAACUUGAUUAAUGCUGUCAAGAACAGUGUGGGUCUGACUGAAGGGAAACUGCUUUUUGGGGGCACAGGCAACUUAUCCGGAAAGAUUGUUUGGGGAGCACUUGAUGAUGUUGUGAUGGGAGGUGUUAGUGAAAGCACAUUCCAAAUCCAACCAACAGGAAGUGAAACUGAUGGACCAACCGGAUUGUUCAAAGGUACUGUCUCUACUUCAAAUAACGGUGGCUUCACUAGUAUAAGGACAAAGAAUUUUACAGUGCCUGAGGAUCUGUCAGCAUAUGACGGUAUUGAACUACGUGUUAAGGGUGACGGGAGGCGGUAUAAACUUAUUGUGCGCACUAGCUUUGAAUGGGAUACUGUCGGCUACAUUGCAAGCUUUGACACGACUAAGGGGGAAUGGCAAAGUGUUAAAUUACCUUUCUCUUCACUGAAUCCUGUAUUCCGUGCCCGCACUAUGCCUGAUGCUGCACCCUUUGAUGCAAGCAAUGUUACUUCCUUACAGCUCAUGUUUAGCAAGUUUGAGUAUGACGGAAAGCUGAACCCAACAUUUACAGAAGGUUCAUUUGAGCUCCCCUUUUCAAGUAUUAGAGCAUACAUAAACGAGCCAAUCACUCCAAGGUUUGUCCAUGUUAGUUCUGCAGGAGUUACAAGACCUGAGAGACCAGGCCUGGAUUUAAGUAAACAACCUCCUGCUGUUCGCAUGAACAAAGAGCUGGGCUCCAUUCUAACUUACAAGUUGAAGGGUGAGGAUUUAAUCCGGGAAAGUGGCAUUCCAUAUACUAUUGUGCGGCCAUGUGCUCUAACAGAGGAACCAGCUGGAGCUGACCUCAUAUUUGACCAGGGAGAUAAUAUCACAGGAAAGAUAUCAAGGGAAGAAAUUGCUUUCAUUUGUGUUGCAGCUCUGGCAAGUCCAAAUGCAGUAGAGAAAACCUUUGAGGUCAAGAGCACUGUUCCAUUCAGUGAACCUUUCGUGGUUGAUCCUUCAAAUCCUCCUCCAGAGAAAGACUAUGAUGUGUAUUUCAAAGAGCUCAAAGCUGGCAUAACAGGUAAAGAGGCACUAGAAGGAACACCUGCUCAGGUCUGAAGAACAUGUUAAAUGCAGAACGCCCAACUGCUUUGACAAAUCUUGACAUGGUGCUUCUUGAACAUGAACAGAAUUACAUAAAUAUGCAAGUCUGAUUCAUAAACCACCAAUAGUUGCAGUACCUGAGCAUAUGUGCCACACUUAAUCUUUGCAGUCAUGUGGUUUCCAAAAUACCAAAUGGGAAGUACUUUGUGAAGUAUGUGAAGGAACAGUUGUUUCUUUUUUUUAUGUAAAGUAGUAUAUCCUCUGGAGUUUGUGUUAUAUUUAAUCUGCUGUAUCUGUAUGAGAAGAUAUGCAUACAUCUUCAGAAGACAUAUGGAUGUCGAUCAAGAGCUCAAAGGUUAUGGAGCAUUGGAGCUCUUUCUGUAGCAGAUUCUGUAUAUUAUGUUGCUUUUAUUUUCACUGAAUUGUGUGCUGUAGAUAGCGUCAUUGGAAUCUAGAUCGACCAUUUUGUAAAAUCAAAUACAUUGUCAUACAGAGAGAAGAGAAGUUUACAGUUCCA